AUGCCGUUUGGAUUGUGCAAUGCUCCAGCAACGUUUGAAAGGUUGAUGGAGCUUGUACUUACCGGGCUAAUUGGAGAUGCCUGUCUCGUCUAUUUGGAUGACAUCAUCAUCGUAGGCCGUACAUUUGAGGAGCACCUUCAAAACCUAGAACGCGUGCUCAUGAAGAUCCAGAGUGCCAACCUCAAGUUGAGUCCAAAGAAGUGCUCUCUAUUCAAACGGCAAGUUAGGUUUUUGGGGUAUGUAGUGUCGGAAGAAGGUAUCCGCACGGAUCCAGAGAAAAUUGUUGCUGUCAAGGAGUGGCCGGUCCCAAAAGACAAGACACAGGUUAGAGCAUUUUUGGGUUUGUGCUCUUAUUAUCGGCGAUUUGUGAAGAACUUUGCAGAUAUAGCCAAACCUCUGCACAAGCUAACCGAGGAAAAGCGACAUUUCUGCUGGGAUGAAAGUUGCGAUAUUGCAUUCCAGGAGCUCAAGAAUCGUCUGCGCAAAACACCUAUUUUGGGGUACCCUGAUGCGGGCAAGGAAUUCAUAGUUGACACAGACGCAAGUGAUAUAGGACUUGGCGGUGUGUUGUCUCAACGGAAUGGUGAUCAAGAGAUUGUGAUAGCGUACUUCAGCAAGUCGUUGUCAAAGCCGGAAAGGAACUAUUGUGUCACAAGACGGGAAUUGCUUGCUGUGGUAAAGUCCUUGCAGCAUUUUAGCAAAUAUCUUCUGGGGCGGAAAUUCCACUUAAGAACUGACCAUGCUGCACUGAAAUGGCUAUUGCAGUUCAAAAAUCCGGAAGGACAAGUUGCGAGAUGGAUUGAACUACUGCAGGAAUACGACUUUGUGAUCGAACAUCGCAGCGGGAAAUCUCAUGGCAAUGCAGAUGCGUUGUCAAGAAGACCUUGCCCUGAAGAUUGCAAGCAUUGUACUAGGCAAGAGGGUAAGGAAGUGGUAUCUGUGAGAAUGCUCAGGACAGACCAGCUCAGCAAUGAGUGGAAGGACAGCUUACAACAUGCACAGCAGGAAGAUUCGGACAUUAAGCCGAUUCUGGAAUGGAUGAAGGCCAGUGCUCCUAAACCCAAGUGGAGCGACGUCUCAGCAAUGAGUUCGACCACGAAAAGCUAUUGGGCCCAAUGGGACAGCUUGCUGAUUCAGGAUGGAGUCCUGUGCCGUAAAUGGGAAAAUGGUCGGGGAGACAGGUGUCAUUUGCAAAUGGUUGUCCCUAAGGCUAAAGUGCCGGAUAUUCUACAGCUGUACCAUAAGUAG